AAUUAGUGUUGAUACAAUUGGAAAAUUCCCAAAAUGGCUUUAGAGGAUGGUUCAAGAUAUUUUUGCUAUAGUCCAUCAGCUGCAUCUGAAAGUUCAAAAGACAUGCUUCCAAAUUCACCGAAUAAUUUCUCACAUAAUUCUUCCAACACAUCGUCACCAGCUACACUGUGUGAUUCGAAAAUUCCAUCGAAACAUGAGGUAGUAACAGAAGAUGAAGAGAUAGAUAUCGACGUGGAUGAUGAUAAUGAUGACUCUUACGACAGAAAAACAAUUAACGCCAAAUCAGAAAGCUUGAGCAUUGGAAAGUUCAGCUUUUCAAUAUCAAACAUAUUGAGUGAUAAGUUUGGUCCGAAACCGGUCAAAAUUGAGCCAAAUCAAAAUGAAUCAUCGAUUUUUCGGCCCUUUGAAAUCAAAAAUUUCAUUUGCAAUAAUAAUCCAAAAAAUUCUAAUAACAACACACUCGUCAAGUCGCUUGUACAAAAUCCAUCUUCAAUAUUUCUAAGCAACUUCAAGUUAUCAGACAUAUUCGAUUAUAGUACAAAACACGUGUCGUCUCCUCAGAAAAAAAGUGAUAAUAGUUUAAGAAGCAGCCUUUACAGCAGUUUAGCAUCAUAUCCAAAAAUUCAAGAAGAGAUUCUCAAUAGCCACAAGGAUUACACAAACUAUCAGCAUUCUUCCAACCUACUUUCUACACCUUCAAAAAUACCACCACUUGGCGGAUUAUGCAAAACAAUUUCGCAGAUAGGUCAAGAGAACAUGACACAAUCCCCAACAUCACCUAACACAGUGUCAAGAAGUAACUUUUCGGAUUCAUUUAAAAUUCAACAAUCGUCAACUGAUAGCGUUGAUUCAGAUGAUUGCACAUCAGAGGCUAGGACAAGUAAAGAUGAAAGUCAGAAGAUGUGGCCUGCAUGGAUUUUCUGUACUCGAUAUUCCGACCGACCAAGUUCUGGACCUCGAUACCGGCGGCCAAAGGAGAAAAAGGAAAAAGGAGAUGAUGAAAAACGUCCCCGAACUGCUUUUUCAAAUGAACAACUUACACGUCUUAAACGAGAGUUUAAUGAAAAUCGAUACUUGACUGAAAAAAGGCGACAACAAUUGAGUGCUGAGCUAGGACUUAACGAAGCCCAAAUCAAAAUAUGGUUUCAGAACAAAAGGGCGAAAAUCAAAAAGACAUCUGGGCAAAAGAAUUCUCUAGCUUUGCAACUGAUGGCACAAGGAUUAUACAACCACAGCACGGUUCCUCUAACAAAGGAGGAAGAAGAACUUGAGCUGCGCAUGAAUGGAAAAUUACAAUAA